UCACACAGCAGCUCACUUGUCUCGCUUCCUCCUCCGACUCGCCUCUUCCCACCAACUCCUUCCCCGAUGGAGUCCCUCCUCGCCGCCUCUUCCUCUCUCCCCGCGGCCGCCUUCUCGCCGCCGUCGUCCCUCUCUUCGACCUCCUCGUCGCCGCACGCCCUACGGUCGGCCGUCGCCGGAGCCGCCCGCGCGGUGCGCUGCUCCGCCGCCAAGGAUUCGAUCCUGUACGCGCUGGAGCACGACGAGAUGUUUAACUCGGCGGAGGUGAUCCAGUGGGAGAGCGGCAAGUCCAUCAACUCCAUCGCCGCCGCGCAGGGCAUCCGCAUCCGCCGCCGCUGCCGCCCACGCUACCCCUCCGAGGGCUCCGGCGCCGACAAAGCCGUCCCCCGCAACAUGCUCGAGCAGAUCAUCUGGGACAAAGAGGUCGAGGUGUCCCAGAGGAAGGCGAAGAAGCCGCUGCAGAAGGUGAUCGAGUCGAGCCAGCACGCGCCACCGGCCAGGGACUUCGUCGGCGCGCUAACGGCGGCCUACAGCCGCAACGUCGCGCCGGCGCUGAUCGCCGAGGUGAAGAAGGCGUCGCCGAGCAGAGGCGUGCUCCGGGAGGACUUCAAUCCGGUUGAGAUCGCGCAAUCCUAUGAGAAGAACGGCGCGGCUUGCCUCAGUAUCCUGACCGACGAAAAACACUUUCAGGGUAGCUUUGAGAAUCUCGAGACCGUUCGCAAUUCCGGAGUAAAGUGCCCUCUUCUUUGCAAGGAGUUUGUGAUAGAUAUCUGGCAAAUCUAUUACGCUCGGUCAAAGGGUGCGGAUGCAAUUCUGUUGAUUGCUGCCGUGUUACCUGAUCUCGACAUCAAGUACAUGCUUCGCAUCUGCAAGAACCUCGGAAUGACAGCUCUCAUAGAGGUUCAUGAUGAGAGGGAGCUGGAUCGUGUGCUCAAAAUAGAUGGCGUUCAGCUUAUCGGCAUCAAUAACCGAAGUUUAGAGACGUUUAAGGUUGAUACUUCAAACACAAAGACCCUGUUGGAGAAACGUGGUGACCUCAUAAGGGAUAAAGGGAUUCUGGUUGUUGGUGAAUCUGGUCUUUUCACGCCUGAUGAUGUUGCAUACGUGCAGAAUGCUGGUGUUUCUGCAGUAAGUUUACUGAUUACCCGUUUUCAGCUAAGUUGGUCAUACAUGUGCUUCAAAUUUCCAGCUGAAAUAUUGUACGGAACGUCUGAAAUGGAUUAAGAAUAUCUGUAAUUGGACUUAAUAUUUAUCCACGAUAUAACAAAUAACACUAAUUCUGGGAAAUUUUAAUAAGCUAGUUUCAGAACAAUUUUACUAUAUUCUAAUUUAGAUGUAAUUGUAGUCAAAAUUGCAACCUUUUUCCUCCUCCCAAUUUUUUUUCUGGUACUUUGUUGUCGUUUGAAUUAUGGUGUUUUGGAAAAAUUCAUUUUCGUUUAGAGACAACAAAAGAAACACUAGACCGAUGGAUUGUGUUUCCUCCUCUCAGAUAUUAAAUUUUGAAUUAUGAAUCUUUUGUUACUUUAUUCUGAAAUAAAUCCCUGACUUUUUUUUUGC